AUGGCCAAGGCAAAGGAGCCGAAAGGGCGCAAGAGUAUUCCAAACAAGCAUAUUCACGCCCGCGUCUCAUAUCUCUACCAGGCAGCCUCGUACCUCUCGCUUCAGACUCCAGACAGCGGGCAGCACAAAGAGAUCAAAGAAGGAAUUCAGCCUCGAGGGGAUACACCGAAUGCCACCGCGUCAUCAACCAAGAUAUUUUACGAGAGCGAGACAGAUCAUGAAGGACAAACUCAACAUGCAACUCGAAAAUCACCACAAUCCGGACUAGCGCUAUUCCUAGUAUCCCAACUCCGAUCUAUCUCGCAGAAAAGCCAGGUCCGACUCUCGCAUGAUCUCAAACGCUCCCUCUGCAAAUCCUGCAAUGCCCUCCUUGUUCCUGGUCGCAACUCCACAACAUCUAUCGAGAACGCCAGCCGAAAUGGGAAAAAGCCUUGGGCGGACAUCCUGGUAAUUGAGUGUCAAACUUGCGGAUCCAAAAAGCGGUUUCCAGUGGGUAGCAAACGUCAAGCCAGGAAGUCGGGGCGAUUGAACGUCAUGUCAAGCACAAGGAACCCGGAUGAGGCAAUGCCAGUAGAUGGAGCUUGA